GAUCGUUUUCUUCGGAAGAUGGCUUUUCGCUGGAGGUCUGCGGCGCCCCCACAGAAGAAGGGGCGUGAAAAGAAAAGGGGAACCCAACAUCCCGACCAUUCCUUUCCCGAAUCUAUGGCAUGGUAACGGCUCUCGUUGUUACUCUUGCACUGGUUGCAGUAGUCAUACUUGUCAAAAGAACACUUCCAGAUGGCUCAAACGCAUCUUACGGCCUUCCCUCAACGGGCUCGCUGGAGCCACGGGCACUCAGGCCAGGCGCGCUGGCCGACUUGGUGCCCCGAGCAAACACGACUGCCUCUAGGACACUGCUGACGCCGACACUACUAAACGGAAUUGAUCUCCCCAGUGUUGGUAGCACCGUUGAGUGCACAACGAUUGCUGUACCAGGGCGGAAAGCGAAAAGGCAGGGCUACAUAGAAACCUUCUGUUCAACCAGUUACUUCGUGAUCACCUCGAGUCCAACACCAGAGUUAACGGCACCGCCGCGCCCAACAUUGACUUUCCUUCCCACUCGUGUCCCCAAUCUCACAACUUUCUCCGCCCCUGUCAGCAACUCCAGUCCGGCCCCGUCGCGCAUAACAGCAACUACCACUAUCGCAAGGCCAACUUCAGCGAGCCGCAAUCCCUGCGUUUCGAGCACGGUUAAUUGCCCUAUUCGAAGGAGGCGAAAGUUGAGGGCCCGCCAAGAUGAAUGCGAGACGACGUAUUUUUCUGUUUCCGGAUGUGAUCCUACCCCUACCUCCUUUCAACCAUUGCCGAGUACGGGCCCGUGUGUCACAAGCACUGUUUAUUGCGAUGUCGAGGGUACAGAAGGAAGACGGGAACUAUGUACCACCUAUUUCACUUCGGUAUCUGGCUGCGACAUCAGCAGUCGGCCUAUUCCUACAAACCUGACAACAUCCACGGUGCCACACCGGCCUAGCUCGAUCUCACAGAGCAUUGUGACUAGUUCUCCGGCUACCGCAUCUGCUACCUCUACAUUGGCAGAGCCAACCACAUCAAGCACAUCGUCCUUGCCUCUUGAUCCUUGUGUGAGAACUUACAAGCGCUGCCUCAUCACAUCCAUCCUCGGAUCCGAUGACGACGCCUGCAUCGACCCUCAGCUGUCCCGUCACCACAGUAACUUGCGCCACGAGCACCGGGGGCAUCAUUGGACGGAGGCAGGUCGUAACAAGCUGCAACACUGUUUGUUACACCUUUACACCCUCGUCCCUGGCGGCCGGAAACACUUCUUUUACUCGGCCCCCUGUUUCAACCUCCAUUUCGUCGACCCCCAUUUCGCUUUUGUCUUCCUCGAUCUCGUCCACUACUUCGUCCUCGGUCUUGUCCAUCACUUCUUCCUCGGUCUCGUCAGCCGCCUCGUCCUCAAUCUCGACAACUUUCCCGUCCAGAGUCUCGUUGACAGUUGCCUCAUCUCCCCUCUCGUCGACAGUCUCGUCCACCGUAUCGUCUUCUAUUUUAUCUUCUCCUCGAUCCUCUGUUUCGUCUUCUCCCUCUUCCUCACCCUCGCCCUCGCCCUCACCCACAUCCUUACCCUCAUCCUCGCCCCAAUCCUUUUUCCCUUCCUCCCUGUCAUCUUCUCUCUCACCCUCACCCUCACCCUCACCCUCACCCUCACCCUCACCCUCAUCCUCUCUUUCAUCCCAAAUCUUCUCUAUUCACACCACUCCAGUCAGUCUCAUUCAGCCUUCCACUUCAGAACCGGGGACCGGUUCGCAGACUUCCGUCCAGUCAACCUUUGCCUCCCCCAGCGCUGCAGAGUCAGCUGCAGCAACGUUGCUUCCAAGCCAGGUUGUCCCCUCAACAUUGGUUUCUACAUCCGCGGCAAUAUCUGAAGUAUCUUCAGCGACUAGGACCAACGGCUUAGUGCCAGACUCUGCCACCACCAUUUCCACCAUUGCACUAUCCCAGUCUUCCGAGACUGUAUGGCUCGAGCAGUCAAAAGGCGAGGUGUCGGCGUUGAUCUGGUCCACACAAGCACGGCCUUCAGAGCAUGGCUCAUUCAUGUCUACGGCGACUGGAAAAACUACUGUCACCAGGCA